AUCCCUCCGCGUCGAUAGGACACCAUGGCGCUUGCUUCUGCCGUGGCGAGCCGCCUCCCCAUUCACUCCCAGCUCUCCUCCAUCAUGGAGGCGAUGGCCAAGUCCGCGUUCAGCCAGGUCUGCAAGCUGGUGGACGAGGACUCAGCCGAGCUGCGGUCGGAGGUCUCCCGGCUUCUGUCGGCCAACUCAGCCCUGGCAGAGAAAGUCAACAGCCUGCAGGGCGAACUGACGAGCGCGAGGGGACACCCCCCCGAGAAGGGUAGACGUUAUUGCAGCGUAGGUGUGCAAACUGUCCGCUGCAGUGACGAGGAACGCCGUGACGUGACCCACCCUCCUACCAUAGAUGGGAUCUUUGGGAAAGACUGGUGUAUAAAUCUGUGGAAGGACAGAGACCCGUUCAGUCCCCGGAGAAGCACAGACUCACCUGGGUCUCCCGAUAAGCCUUCAGCAACUCGGUCGGACCAUGACACACUUGCCGAGCUGAAAGAAGAGGGGUCGAUGCCAAAUGCUGCGACUAACUAUGGUGAGGAAACAACUUGCAAUGAAGAACAUGAAGAAAGCACGGCUGAGGAAUCAGAUCAGUCAUUUGUGGAUUACUCAGUCGACGGCAGUACUUGCAGCUUGCCACUUGAUCAGGAUGCACAACAGGAAAUGCCACCAGCAGGUACCGAAGAAACGACCGCGCAGUUGAUGAGUAUCAACGACACAACAGAAGAGUCCUUUAGCACCCAUGUCGUUCCAAUUAAACUGGAAGACGAUGAUGAGGAGGAUGACGACGUUCAGUUUGUCCGAGCAAGCCAAAACGAGGCAGCAUCGAGCCCUGCAGUCGGGCCCGGUCAUGAUGAACAGCAGACCUUACCGGCAAACGGCAACGAGAACCGCUCCCCUCUGGUUAAAUACUUCCCUAAAAACAUGAACACGGUCAGCGCAGAAACCACCAGAGCUCCAAAAAGCGAGACAUUUACAUGCCAAAUAUGUAGCAGGACAUUCUUUCACAAGGGCACACUGACACACCACAUGAAGUCGCACAAGGGGAACCACUGCAGCAUUUGUAAGCAACACUUUCCUCAAAGGAAGAAGUUAAAAUCCCAUAGCUGUGUGCCUCCUGUUUACCUUCAGAGAAUGAGCAAGUCGUGCGAGCUUUGCGGCAAGACCUUCGCCAACCACUCGUCUCUAAGGAUUCACUAUGUGGUCCACACAGGCGAGAAACCCUACAGGUGCAGCUUGUGCGGCAAAAGGUUCACCCAGAAAGGCAAUUUAAAAUGUCAUCUACGCAUCCAUACCGGCGAGAGACCUUUCCUGUGUGGUAAAUGUGGGAGGACCUUCACGCAGAAGAUCAACCUCACUCAUCAUUUAAUGGCGCACUUAAAUCGUGAGGUUGUCGGAGGAGGGUCCAGGAGCGGGACACAACCUGAACCGGUGUGAAAUGAGAGAAAGCCUCGAUAAAUCCUCGGAUCUGAUUCAGCGCAUCUGGGUAUAGAAAGCUGAAGUGUCCUUUUUCUUUUUUUCUUCAGGCGUGGUUCAUGGUUUGAAGAAUAAUAACAUUAUAUAUCAGUUUGACCCACUCUGUUCUUAGUGGCUCUUAAUAUUAAUGUCAUCGCUCUUCAGUUAUUCUGGAGUUCCUCGUAGAAAACCCUUAUUUUUCUUCACCCAGCAGCCAUACACUGAAAAGAGGGGUGUUCACUCAAAAUUUCUUAAGUUGGCACAGUUUGACCCUGGUCUUCAGCAGAGCUGGAGGAACCUGUAAGAGCCAAUAAGAGCCGGUGGAUCUUGGCCGAUAAUGUCUGUUUUUUGUUUUUUUUUACUACGUUUGUGGAGAGCAUCAUUUCACUUUUUACUCGUUUAAAUUGAGAUUUUUUUUUCAUAAGUAGUAUUGUGCUAGGUAAGUUGGAAAUAUCAGUGUUUUAGUAAAUUGUUUUAUGUCGUCUUUUUUUGUCUCUAAUAAAAUAAAGCCAUACAUACAA